AAGAAAAUGGGGAAAGGAGAAAAAGAGACAUCGGGGGGUUUUCCAGCCCUAAGCGCCGCCAUUCAUCGCUGCUGCGUGGUCGUCGUCGUCGCCGCCGCCGUCGUCCGCCAUUACAGCCGACUGAUCCCUCCUGCUCGGCUCCUUCCUGCCAUGCUCACUCACUCACCCACUCACUCACCAGUAGGACUGAGGAGCAAGCGAAUCCGGUGAGCAAGUGCGUCGAGAACCAAGAGGAGAGAUGGGGGACACCGAGAGGAGCUCUAUACUGGUCCACAUCUUGGUCAUCGCCCUCUGCCUCACCGCAUUCGGCUUCGCCAUCGCCGCGGAGCGCCGCCGCAGCACGGGCUCAAUUGUUACAGACAGCUUCAAUUCCACAUUUUGUGUUUAUGACUCUGAUAUUGCUACUGGCUAUGGUGUUGGUGCAUUCCUGUUUCUCCUCUCUGGUCAGUCACUUCUUAUGGUAGUUACCAAAUGCAUGUGUUUUGGCAAGCCACUUGCACCUGGAGGAAGUAGAGCUUGGUCAAUCAUAUACUUUGCAUCUUCAUGGGUCACAUUCAUGAUCGCGGAGUCGUGCCUGAUAGCUGGAGCAACAAAGAACGCGUACCACACCAGGUAUAGGCAUAUGGUAUACGUGGGGAGCUGGACUUGCGAGUCCCUGCGCAAAGGAGUUUUUAUCGCGGGAGCGGUCUUCGUGGUGUUCACUAUGAUUCUGAACGUGUACUUCUACAUGUACUACACGAAAUCGACAAGCCAGGCUGCCAAAAAGAUCAACAAGACUACCCCCAAUGUCGGUAUGACUGGCUACGCAUGACAAUUGGAUUUCGGUGCAUCCUGGGCAGAAGAUUAGUUUUUGGAUAACUUGGCUACGGUGUCAUUGUACUAUCAGAUGCUUCCGAAGAAGCAUGUGGUGCAGGGUUGUGCAGGUUUUGGCCUGUCAGAGCUAAUUCUAGUCAGUUUAUGGCUGGGUGCCUGGGCCAAGCCCUAUAUUGCUAGGAUGGGAGUGAUUCGUUUUUGUUUUGUGCUGGUUAGGGUUAAGCACAUCAUGUUCUGUUUGUAACUGGUGAAGCUGCCGCCUAGAGCAGCUUGGCAGGCUAGCAAUUUGGUGUGUGUUGUAGUCUGUUGUAAGUCGAUUGCCUGUAUUUUAUUUGUGUGCGCUAGAGAAGAGAUGAAUCUGCUGGUUUCAGUAAUUUCCUGGCCAAGGACAUCAAUUUAUUUGCUUUGGGGGAUCUGAGCCAAUCUAUAAAAAUCCUAUAUUAGUGUGACCAUUA